CUCUCUAGAAAAUAUACCCUUUCUUUCUCUCACUAGAAUCUCUCUCUCUCUCCCUUUCCGGGUCUCGCAGCCGACGAUUCAUCCAAAUUCGGGUCGAGUCGUCGUCUUCAAAACCUUGUUAAUCUCGUCUUCCGACGAAUUUCUCCCCGCCAUCUCCCGAAUUUUGAGUCCGGAAUCGGAUUCGACUCGGAAAAUCUCCGAAACGUGAGAGCGGAAACAAAAAACAAGAGAAACGAACAGACACGUACCGGUUUCUGUUUUCCCGGCGUCGGAGAUAGAUUAUCUGGAGAGAUUCCAGGAGUCGUAUUGAGAGACCAGUGGAGAAGAUAUCAGUUGGCAUUGACGAACAAACUUAUUGAGUUGGAGCUCUAGUACUUAGAUAAGUUGCUCGCUUCAUGUGAGAAGAUGGCUUUCUUUAGGAACUACUCAAAUGAUGCUGUUUCACGUAGUGUUCUUGAUGACAAAGAGGAACAGGAGAAUGCUGCUACAUUUCAGAGGUCAGCUGUGAAUGAAGAUGUAGAUGGUACUUACAGUGAUAGGGGUUUUGACAUAAACAUGGAUGUGCAGUAUCAAAGUGAUGCAGAACCAGAGUGUAGUGAUAGGUUGCAAAAUGGCGCAACAUCUGAUAAUGUUGUUGGUUAUGCGGAUCCUAGUUUUCAAGCCUCAGGAAGAAGAACGGGUGUAUCUGGAAAAUGGGGUUCAACAUUUUGGAAGGACUGCCAGCCUAUGGGACAGAGAGGUGGCUCUGAUUCUGGCCACGAUUCACAAUCUGAUUACAAAGAUGUUGACCAUUCUGAAGAUAAUCUCUCAAACGAAUUGAAUGAUAGAUUAGAAUCUGAAAAUGAGGAGCACAAAGUAGUGGACAAGCAUCAGAGGGGUCAAACUGAUGUUCCAGCUGAUGAGAUGCUGUCUGAUGAAUAUUACGAACAAGAUGAAGAACAUCAAAGCGAUCCUGUGCACUACAAAGGCUACAACCACCCUAUGAAUUCUAGAUCACUGCUGAAGCCAGCAGCCGCUAAUAAUAGCAAGUCAAGGGCCUCAAGGGCUGUACACAGAAACAUUAAUGAUGAUGACGAUGAUGACUUUGGCAACAAUGAUGAUGCAGAUGCCGAUUACGAAGAGGAGGAAGAUGAGGAUGACCCUGAGGAUGCUGACUUUGAGCCUGAUGAUACUGUACCAGGUGCUAUCGCAAAGAAAAAGCAAGACCAAGAUUGGGAAGGUUCCGGCGAAGAUGAUGAGAGCGAUGAAGAUGUCGAUGUCUCAGAUGAGGACGAUUAUUAUGAUACGAAUAAAUCUAAGAUUAGACAGCAAACGAAAGGCUCUCGUAGAUUAAGUUCUGGUCGUGAACAAAAAUCGUCUCAAGCUCCUAGUCGGCAAAAGAAGAAACCACUAUAUGAAGAGGACUACUCAGCAGAGGACUUUGAUGACAAUAGUGAUGAGGAUUUUAAAAGUAUUACCAGAAGAGGCACAGUUCUACGAAAAGCCAAUGGAAGGUCCACAGGCAAUUUAGGACACAGUAGUGAAGUCCGCACCUCAACCAGAUCAGUUCGUAAAGUAUCUUAUGUGGAGAGUGAGGACAGCGAAGAUGAAGAUGGUGGGAAGAAGAAAAAGACCCAAAAGGAUGAGAUUGAAGAGGAAGAUGGGGACGCCAUUGAAAAGGUGCUGUGGCAUCAGCCGAAGGGCAUGGCUGAAGAGGCCCGAAUCAAUGACAAAUCAACAGAACCUGUUCUGAUGAGCCAACUGUUCGAGUCUGAACCACAUUGGAAUGAGAUUGAGUUUUUAAUAAAAUGGAAAGGCCAAUCCCAUUUGCAUUGCCAGUGGAAAUCAUUGGCUGAUCUCCAAAAUCUUAGUGGCUUCAAGAAGGUUCUCAAUUACACAAAGAAAGUGAUGGAAGAUAUUAGAUACCGGAGGGCUCUCUCACGCGAGGAGAUUGAGGUCAACGACGUGAGUAAAGAAAUGGACUUGGAUAUCAUUAAGCAGAACAGUCAGGUAGAAAGAGUAGUUGCAGAUCGAAUAAGUAAAGAUGGUUCGGGUGAUGUAGUGCCAGAGUAUUUAGUGAAGUGGCAAGGGCUUUCAUAUGCUGAAGCUACCUGGGAGAGAGACGUGGACAUAGCAUUUGCCCAAGAUGCUAUUGAUGAGUACAAGGCCCGUGAGGCUGCGAUUGCUGUGCAAGGGAAGUUAGUGGAACAACAGCGGAAGAAAGGAAAAGCAAGUUUGCGAAAGCUUGAAGAACAGCCCGAGUGGUUAAGGGGAGGGAAACUUCGGGACUAUCAGCUCGAGGGCUUGAAUUUUCUAGUCAACAGCUGGCUUAAUGAUACUAAUGUCAUUUUAGCCGACGAAAUGGGUCUAGGGAAAACUGUUCAGUCUGUUUCAAUGCUUGGUUUUUUGCAGAAUGCUCAACAAAUUUCAGGUCCAUUUCUUGUUGUCGUACCAUUGUCAACGUUAGCUAAUUGGGCUAAAGAAUUCAGAAAGUGGCUUCCUGAUAUGAAUAUAAUAGUAUAUGUUGGCACUCGAGCAAGUCGAGAGGUCUGUCAGCAAUACGAAUUCUACAAUGAUAAGAAGGUUGGCAGGCCCAUAAAGUUCAAUGCCUUGUUGACUACGUAUGAAGUGGUUCUGAAGGACAAAGCUGUUCUUUCCAAGAUUAAGUGGUGUUACUUGAUGGUUGAUGAAGCACAUAGAUUGAAAAAUUGCGAGGCGCAGCUCUAUACAACCCUUUUGGAAUUCAGCACCAAGAACAAGUUGCUUAUUACUGGUACUCCUCUGCAGAACAGUGUUGAAGAGUUGUGGGCUCUGCUCCACUUCCUUGAUCCUGACAAGUUUAAGAAUAAGGAUGAGUUUGUUCAAAACUAUAAGAACCUUAGCUCAUUUAACGAGAAUGAGCUUGCCAAUCUCCAUAAGGAAUUGAGGCCACAUAUUCUCCGACGAGUGAUCAAGGAUGUUGAGAAGUCUUUGCCCCCAAAAAUUGAGCGCAUCCUAAGGGUUGAGAUGUCUCCUCUACAGAAGCAGUACUAUAAGUGGAUACUAGAAAGAAACUUCCAUGAUUUGAAUAAAGGAGUUCGUGGCAACCAGGUUUCACUUUUAAACAUCGUGGUGGAGUUGAAGAAGUGCUGCAAUCAUCCUUUUCUAUUUGAAAGUGCAGACCAUGGGUAUGGUGGGGACAUAAAUGAUGGCACUAAACUGGAGAGAAUAAUAUUAAGCAGCGGGAAGCUAGUUAUUCUAGACAAGCUACUUGUCAAAUUGCGUGAGACUAAACACCGUGUUCUUAUUUUUUCACAGAUGGUAAGAAUGCUAGAUAUACUGGCAGAAUAUUUGUCGCUAAGAGGGUUCCAGUUUCAGAGACUGGAUGGUAGUACUAAGGCUGAGCUGCGUCAGCAAGCAAUGGAUCAUUUCAAUGCACCUGGUAGUGAUGAUUUCUGCUUUCUUCUCUCAACUCGAGCUGGUGGGCUGGGCAUCAAUCUCGCUACUGCUGAUACAGUCAUUAUAUUUGAUUCUGAUUGGAACCCACAGAAUGACCUACAGGCAAUGAGUCGAGCUCAUAGAAUUGGGCAACAAGAUGUUGUUAACAUCUAUAGAUUUGUCACGAGCAAAAGCGUUGAGGAAGACAUAUUGGAGCGUGCUAAGAGGAAAAUGGUUCUUGAUCAUCUGGUCAUUCAAAAGUUAAAUGCGGAGGGUCGGCUGGAGAAGAAAGAAACUAAAAAAGGAAGUUUGUUUGACAAGAAUGAGCUUUCUGCAAUUUUGAGAUUUGGAGCAGAGGAACUUUUCAAAGAGGAAAAAAAUGACGAAGAAAGCAAAAAACAGCUGUUGGGUAUGGAUAUUGAUGAAAUUCUUGAGAGGGCGGAGAAAGUGGAGGAGAAAGAUGCCGAUGAGGCAGGACAUGAAUUGUUGAAUGCUUUUAAGGUCGCCAAUAUUUGUAGUGCGGAAGACGAUGGGUCUUUCUGGAGUCGGUGGAUAAAACCUGAUGCUGUAGCUCAUGCUGAAGAAGCUCUCGCACCUCGAGCUGCCAGGAGUACUAAGAGCUAUGUGGAGCCUAAUCAGCCAGAUAGGGCUAGUAAAAGAAAAAAGAAAGGAUCUGAGCCUCUGGAACAAUCGGAGAGAGGCCAGAAGCGCAGGAAAGCUGAAUAUUCUGCUCUGUCAACUCCAAUGUUAGAAGGGGCCUCAGUUCAAGUCAGAGGCUGGUCAUACGGAAAUCUGCCUAAGAGAGAUGCACAACGCUUUUACCGUGCAGUCAUGAAGUUUGGGAACCAAAACCAAAUUCCCUUGAUUGCAGAAGAGGUGGGUGGUGUAGUUGGAGCAGCGCCAGAGGAAGCACAAGUUGAGCUAUUUGAUUCUUUAAUAGAUGGUUGUCGAGAAUCUGUUGAAUCAGGGAGUUUUGAACCAAAGCAGGGCCCUGUGUUGGAUUUCUUUGGCGUGGCAGUGAAGGCAAGUGAACUUCUAACACGUGUGGAAGGACUACAGCUCCUCGCAAAGCGGAUUAGUCGAUAUGAAGAUCCCAUAACGCAAUUCCGGGUGUUGUCAUACCUUAAACCUUCGAAUUGGUCCAAGGGUUGCGGUUGGAAUCAGAUCGAUGACGCGAGAUUGCUUCUGGGAAUAUAUUAUCAUGGGUUCGGAAACUGGGAAAAGAUAAGGUUAGAUGAAAGCCUAGGACUUACUAAGAAGAUCGCUCCAGUCGAACUUCAACACCAUGAGACCUUUCUACCUCGGGCGCCAAAUUUAAAGGAGAGGGCUAAUGCACUUCUGGAAAUGGAACUUGCUGCUGCUGGGGGGAAGAAUACGAAUGCUAAAGCAAUCCGUAAAACUUCUAAAAAGGCUAAAGAUAAUACUGUUAAUCAAUCUACAUUAUCUGCAAGAGAUAGAAGAGGGAAAGCCGGUUCUACCAAUGUCAGUUUGAGGGCUACCAGAGACAGACCUCGGAGAGCCCAAAAAGCUGAGCCUAUAGCAAAGGAGGAAGGAGAGAUGUCUGACGAUGAAGAAGUGUAUGAACAGUUUAAGGAACAGAAAUGGAUGGAAUGGUGUGAAGAUGUGAUGGCCGAGGAAAUUAAAACAUUGGGACGCCUUCAAAAACUGCAAACCACGAGCGCCAAUCUUCCAAAGGAAAAGGUGCUUUCCAAAAUCCGGAGUUAUUUGCAAAUCAUUGGACGAAGGAUAGACGAAAUUGUCUUCGAGCAUGAAGAGGAUUUAUACAAGCGAGAUAGAAUGGCGACGAGACUGUGGAACUACGUUUCCACCUUCUCAAAUCUCUCCGGGGAAAGACUCCAUCAGAUCUACUCCAAACUGAAGCAGGAACAAGAUGAGGAGGGAGGCGUUGGACCGUCACACAUCAAUGGUUCAUCGGCUGGUUACAUUAGCAGAGAUGGUCACAUCCCUCCUUAUUCUCGGCACUUCCAGCGGCAACGAGGAUACAAAAACACACCUAAUAUCCAAGCUCAGCCCCACAUCCCGAAGGGCAUUGACCCGGCCAAGUUUGAAGCAUGGAAACGGAGAAGAACGGAUUCCGAUGUUCAGUCAACUGUUAAGCCACUGUCUCAGCGACCACAAGUAGCCGACCCUAACUCGCUGGGCAUACUCGGCCCGGGGCCGUCAGAUACUAGAAGAUACUCCAACGAGAGAACCUUCCGGAUGCGUCAGACUGGCUUUCCUCCAAGAUAAGUUUACUCUGUUCUCAUAGCCCAUGCCAUUUCUUCUAGUAUUUGUGCCCUACGCCAGACGAAAACUCGAUUAGGUCGUUCAUUCUGGCGUCUUGAGAUCUCUACGGCCUAAAAUUACCCGGGAAAUUCUUUUUUCGUGAUGACGAUAAAUUCGAAGAUGAGAGCAAAGCUUCCCGUCUCUGCGGCUCGAUAUUGGAAGUUGCCGUUAUCAGUUUCAGCAUAAGGACAAUAAUAUCUAUACAUCUUCAAGAAAAUGUCUUUUUUGUCUUCCUUUUUCUUCUGUCACUUGUGUCCUUUGCCAAAGGGUUCACAGGCGAUUUUAGGUAAAUAGCAGCUGGAUGUGGCAGAGAGAAAUAUGGGCCGUAGAACCUCCAUUGCUAUAUUACUCUGUUGAGCUCCCAUAGCGCAAAAAAAAAACAUUGUACAUUAUCAGUUUUGUUAAUUUCAAUCUUUUGUAGUCGAUUUCCCU